GUAUCAACGACAGAGUACCAUAAUCUCCUGUUGUCAUUUUGAGUAUUUCUCCCAGUAAACAAUGAUUUCCAGUUAUUCAGCGCUGCUGAUGUGGUUGUGUUUUUUUCUUGUGGCAGGAGUGAGAAUUUAUCUUUUUGUUUUGGCUGUAAAGGUUCAACAUGAAAAACAUGUUGCUGAGCAGAUAAAAAUACCAGAUGUUUUAUCGUUUGAAACAUCGUCAGAGUUAGAUUACUUUACGUUUCCUAAUACAUCUCGUUUAAUGAUUUCAAAUAAGCAUUACAAAGAUGGCUACCAUUCGCUUCUUUGGCGCUGGGAACCUGGGGAUGAAUUAAAACUUUCACUUGGUCGGCGUGUCACGGGUAGUCACUCUGGUGUCAAAGUUUGGAUAUAUCGUAACGAAAGCUCGCUGGGCAAUAUGACUGUCAGGCUCAUGGACAAUGGAAAAGUUACAUUGACCUUCAAUUUUCUCUCAGCUUCACGGGAUGGCGUGGAGCCUGGGUUGCAAUUAAGGAGACAAAACACGUGACGAAACAUGAUGGUUAUGAUGAGGUUAUCAUUACCGCUCCACCAACAUCCAUAACAUCACGUGUUCUCUUCAUGGACUUGCUCUGUUUUGCAGAGCAUAUCGCCUAUCAGUCACGUGAUAAAAUUGUUCCACCAAUCAACGGUAGUAUAUACACAAUAAAACAAACUUGGCAACAAACGUAUCGAUGGAGCACGAGGAGACCACCAGAGGUUAAUAAAACUUCACCUUUGACAUCCAAAGAAUUAAAUUUGUUGUCUGAAAUACACCUAAUUCAUAAACGUUUUGUAAACUGGUUUGCAGACCAAAACGUUUCAGUGAGUCAGUACAGAGGGAAUGUUUUAGAAAGAUGGAAGCAUAUUAUUGUCGAUGGACUGCAGAAUGCAAAACGUUAUUUAAAGAUCAUAAAUGUAACCAUGAGUAAAGACGGCAUUAUUACUGGCUCUCCGUUGUUCAUGAAACGCUCUCAGUUUGGUCAUUUUCUUCUCGAUAAGGGAAGAAAUAAAAAAAUGGGAAACGUCAGUUUUUAUAUUCUCUUUCCACUCACCCUGGAAUAUUUCUUCACCGCGAAUUUAAACAAUAUUCAUCAUUCCAUCUCAAGAGAACUUGCCAACAUCAACAGUUUAGGAAGAAGAGAGUUUGCCGUGAAAAGAAUCGUGAAUUUUGAUUUACAAUAUUCUAAAUUACUUUAUCUUGAGUUGAAGAAAUACAAGAUACCUUUAACGCAAAGUGAUUUGAGAAGGUGCUUACGAAAUCUAAAUCGAAAGAAAUUGGACACAAUAUUAUUAUUAAUAAGGUACAUCACAGAUCAAGGAUGGGCCGAGGGGAGCGCUAUGGGAUCAUUAGAUCACGCAUUGAACAAUGUUGGUGACGGUUAUAUGAACUCAAUGUUUUUAUUAAAAAAUGCUUUGCUCAAUGAAGGGAUGUUGGACAAGAUUGUUAAAAUAAUGAAAUGGCACAACGACUUUAAUGAGAUUUACCAAAAAAAAUUUGAAUAUACUGGAACGACGGCGGAUAAACUUCGCACAACAAUGGUAUAUCGUUUACAGACUAUAUUGAUGAAUCCAGAAAGGAAUAUUAAAGAAAAAAGAGAAAAAAUUCGUGAUAUGUUUGCUUAUGUAAGAUGGUGCAACAAUGUUCUUUUAUCUCAUCCAGCUUUAUUACCAACAUUUAAACCUGACGGGUCGUGUUUUCAUCAUUUGUGUAUCUAUGGACCUGCGUAUUGUCCUGAAGCUCUCAUUAAAUCCUCAACAGUUUACUAUUAUCUUCAGGGAACAUCCUUUUCACUCGAUAGCAACUCAAAGAUGAACAUUAGGCGUAGUUUGAUGGCUUAUAUCAAAAUGGCGCCAAAAUAUUCUCUUCCCAACUCGAUCUCCGGACGAUUUCCUGGAUAUUUUAAAGCAACACUUGUUACGAUGUUACCAGCGUACGCUUUUCUCACUAUAAAACCACGUUAUCUCAGCCCAAAUGGUCAACUUGAGGCUGUGUUGCCUGGUAACGAUACGGAGUUGCUAAGAUAUUUUGUUCGUUUAUACGAUCCAGAGAACCCAAAAGUUCUGUCUUAUUUACAAAGUGCUUUUGUCAUGAGAGUUUCCUACAGCUCAACUAUCGGUUCACUGCAAAUCCUCGAGUCUCUACAUAGACAACUAAAGAAUGCAAGAAUCAUUGCAUCUGAGCCUCCUUCAGGUCACUGGGUCCAUAAUUUUGCUGCAUUCUCUAUUCAUCGUCGUCGAGAAUGGGUCGUCACCAUUAAAGGCUUCAGUCAACAUGUUUGGAAUUUUGAAAGUUCAUCUUAUGAGAAUGUUUACGGAAUGUUUCAAUCCCAUGGUGCAUUGCAGAUUUCAAAUGACGAAGCAAGUUUGGCGGCAUAUGACGUCAGUCGCGGAUGGGACUGGACUCGAGUUCCAGGCACAACGGCAAUAAACUUUAGUCUUGAUGAAAUGUUUUCUCGUGGUUUCUCAAGAUUUUAUCAAAACUCCACCUUCGUUGGAGGUGUUGUUUUGACCGGUGAAGACGAAAAAUUAGCAAAUGGAGUAUUUACAAUGAAAUUUCAUCGCCACAAGGAGAUUGGAGAGGAAGACAUGUUUGGAAGACGGGAAAUUGGAUUUUUUUUCAACAAAUCAAUUUUUUUCUUCGACUCAUUGAUCGUCUGUCUUGGUGAUGAGAUCACAACAAAAAACAGUGAACCAUACCUUACCCAAACAACCUUACUUCAAAAUGAAUACUUGAGUGAAAUAUCAGCGAUAUUUAUAAAUGGUGAAAUGAACUUUCUUUAUAAAAAUCUCACAAAAACGGUGCAAGGACCAGGUACAAUAAUGGAUACAUUAGGUAAUGGUUACUAUAUCCCUCAUGGUCGGUCAGUUAAUGUUGAAAUUAAUGAACAACGGUCGCGAACAGAGAAUGGUAAAUCGGUUAGUAAGUCACGGUAUGCUACAGUAUGGUUCAAUCAUGGUGUUAAUCCAUCGUCUCAAAGCUAUGAAUACGCUAUACUUGUGGGUACAAAUAUAAAACAAAUGAACGCUCUUCUUGAAGCCCAAGCUUCCACUCUACCUUUAUAUGAAGUUCUCCUGAAAAACUCCGCUGUCCAUAUGGUACGAUUUACUGAUACCCUGGGGAUUGUAAGUGAGCGAAGUCCUGGGUACGAGAGCUAUGGUUAUUCCUUCUUUGAUGCAAGUGUCACUCUUAAUCAAGGUCCAAUCGUCAAUGUCAGUGAUCAAUGUGUCGUUAUGGCUGAGAUCGAUUCUUCCAAUUAUUCAUCAUUAAAUUUAAGUGUCUGUUCACCCGAUCGUAAUUACAAUUCAACAUUAAAACCUCGACAAAGUACAAAGAAUGGCGUAAAUGAGUAUUUCUACAUGAUCAGUCAACCUGUUAAAGUAUCUGUUGAUAUUAGCCAACCUGUAACAUUACAUGGCGUUCUAGUCAAUGGAAAACCCAUAUCACCCUUAUUGUACUCUCAUUAUAUCCUUGUGGUUCCAUCUGACCCUCAACAACCAUCGUGUGGCGGGAAAAGGAUUGUUUUUCAGUAUCUUGUCGAUGGAGAGAGUGUGGAAGCAGCUCUUAGUGUUGUGAACCGUAGUUUGAAUGUUUAAUUGAACAGCGUUCUCUAAAGAGAGUGUUAUUGCGAAAAAAUAUAUACCUGUAUAAUAUUGCAGACUGUAACUCACAAGAAUUUGAUCUAUUUUGGCUUCAUUGACAGCAUAUUAAUUUGAGACUUUUACAACACAAGUUUGAUAUGGUAGAGCAUUUUUCCAGAUUGGAAUAAAGUAUUUGAUCUUUGUAAACACUAUAA